UAAUUUUUAGUACAACUGACAGAUUUUGUUCUAUUAAAAAGUUUUAGCACGUCACUAGUUGUAAUUUUCAGUAAAGUAAUAUUUUGUGCAAAAAAAAAAGAAAGAAAAAAACAAAUUACGCCUUUUGUUAAAAGUAUUUUAAUAAUUUAAUAUGUGUACGGAUGUACAGUGAAUGUCAGAGGCUGUGAUUUAAAAUCGUUAUGGAAAAGUUUCCUUUGAAGGGGGUUCGAGAAAUUGUGGCAGAGGGAAAUAAUUAUUUAACAGCGUAUCAAUCGGUUUUGAAAAAGUCUAACGGUCAUACAUCUGGCAACGAAACCGAUUAUCAAGAUCAUCCUUUAGCGGCCCCAUCUUCGUCCGGUAGGAGUGCAGCUACAACAACUUUAACAACACCGGAUGAUGAUGAAAUGAUCGAUAUAACACCACACUCUAGUCCGGGAGACGGUUCUCAUCAUUUCAAUACUUACAGUCGCGGUAGUACCGCUGAUAAUUCCGAUAUGGAGAGAGAACGAGGAGAUUAUAACAGUCAUCAACAUCAUACUAACAAUAGUCAACAGCACCAACGUACACAUCAACAUGUGCCAACUCACACCGCUUUUGGAGAUUCAAUGGAUGGGGGCUUGUCGUUUUAUGGAUCGUCAGAACCAAAUGAUGACAUACCAGGAAUUGGACAGUAUGAAGAUUUUCAUACGAUAGAUUGGCAGCGUGAUAUUGCAAGAGAUCGUAUGCGUCAUCGAUACAUUGUGAAGAAACGUCAAGAUUCUCUGUGGGAUUUAGUCAAGGGAGCGCAUGAUGCUUGGUCGGGUUGGCUGUGUGUUUUGUUGGUGGGUAUAGCGGCGGGUUGUGUGGCUGGUAUGGUUGAUAUCGGAGCAAGUUGGAUGUCAGAUUUAAAACAUGGUAUCUGUCCACAAGCCUUUUGGUUUAAUCGUGAACAAUGUUGUUGGCCUACCAAACAAUCAGUUUUCGAAGAAGGCAAUUGUUCAACGUGGAAAACAUGGCCAGAAGUGUUUGGUCUAAGUCGAGAAGGCACUGGAGCUUAUAUUAUCUCGUACAUUUGGUUUAUACUUUGGGCGUUAUUGUUUGCCGCACUCAGCGCUUCAUUGGUGCGAAUGUUUGCUCCAUAUGCAUGUGGUUCUGGUAUUCCAGAAAUCAAAACAAUUCUAUCGGGUUUCAUUAUACGAGGCUAUUUGGGUAAAUGGACGUUACUGAUCAAGUCAGUGGGUUUAAUGCUUUCUGUCUCUGCCGGUCUAACCCUGGGCAAGGAAGGUCCUAUGGUUCACAUAGCCAGCUGUAUUGGCAAUAUAUUCUCGCAUCUAUUUCCAAAGUAUGGUCGUAAUGAAGCUAAAAAACGUGAAAUUUUGUCGGCAGCAGCGGCAGCUGGCGUAUCAGUUGCUUUUGGGGCACCAAUCGGAGGUGUUCUGUUCUCAUUGGAGGAGGUUUCAUACUAUUUUCCAUUGAAGACAUUAUGGCGAUCCUUUUUUUGCGCUCUGAUAGCUGCAUUCGUUCUACGAUCUUUAACACCGUUUGGAAAUGAACAUUCAGUGCUCUUCUUUGUGGAAUACAAUAAGCCUUGGAUAUUUUUUGAAUUGAUUCCCUUUGUCUUUUUGGGUAUAAUGGGGGGCAUAAUUGGUACAUUAUUUAUUAAGGCGAACUUGUGGUGGUGUCGCUUUAGAAAAUUCAGCAAAUUGGGCCAAUAUCCUGUAACAGAAGUUUUGGUCGUUACUUUAAUCACCGGCAUAAUUUGCUAUCCAAAUCCAUUUACACGCAUGAAUAUGAACGAAUUAAUCUAUUUGUUAUUUAGCCAAUGCUCACCAGGAGACGUUUCAAAUCCACUUUGUGAUUACACUCGCAUGAACAUAACAAAUGCUUCAUCAUCAAUAGAAGUGACACAACUGGGUCCUGGUGUGUAUCGUGCAAUAGGUUUAUUGGUUUUGGCCUUUUUCUUAAAAUUGGCAUUGACAGUAUUUACUUUUGGUAUGAAAGUUCCAGCUGGCCUUUUUAUACCAUCCCUUUUAUUGGGUGCAAUUAUGGGCAGAAUAGUGGGUAUUGCCGUCGAACAAUUUGCUUAUAGCUAUCCGAAUGUAUGGUUCUUUACGGGCGAAUGUGUAACGGGUAACAAUCUUAUCACACCGGGUCUCUAUGCUAUGGUAGGAGCGGCAGCUUGCUUAGGUGGAGUAACACGGAUGACAGUGUCUCUUGUUGUAAUAAUGUUUGAAUUGACUGGCGGUGUUGGUUAUAUUGUACCAUUAAUGGCAGCUGCUAUGGCAUCAAAAUGGGUUGGUGAUGCUCUAGGUAGACAGGGUAUUUAUGAUGCACAUAUUGCAUUAAAUGGUUAUCCUUUCCUUGAUAGUAAGGAAGAAUUUGCACAUACAACCCUAGCAGCUGAUGUUAUGCAACCAAAACGCAAUGAAACAUUAAAUGUUAUAACACAAGACUCCAUGACGGUCGACGAUAUCGAAACAUUACUCAAAGAAACGGAACAUAAUGGAUACCCAGUGGUUGUUUCUAGAGAAAAUCAGUAUCUCGUUGGUUUCGUAUUGCGUAGAGAUCUAAAUUUGGCUUUAGGCAAUGCUAAACGUUUUAUUGAAGGCAUCAAUGGUCAAUCUAUAGUAUUAUUCACAUCUACAGCUCCUGUGCAAAAUCUAGGGCCUCCACCCCUGAAACUGAAAAAGAUAUUAGACAUGGCUCCCAUUACGGUAACAGAUCAAACACCCAUGGAAACUGUAGUGGAUAUGUUCCGUAAAUUAGGUUUGAGACAAACUCUUGUAACUCAUAAUGGACGUUUGUUGGGUGUUAUAACAAAGAAGGAUGUUCUGAGGCAUGUGAAGCAGAUGGACAAUGAAGAUCCCAACACAGUUUUAUUCAACUAAAUGAUAUUUUAUUGUAAACAAAUUUAAAACAAAACCAGAGCGGAUGUGGUUAAUUAAAAAAGAAUUUCUAGAUUAAAUAUCAUAAUGUAAAAUCGCCCUUCCUCAAUUUAUCAUCAACAAAAAAGAAAAAAAAUAUCAACCAUAUCGUUAUAAAAUAAAUUUUAAUGCUCCAAGAUGGUACGAUUGCUGUACAUUAUUGAUAAAUUGAUUGAUGGUUGCAAACUGAGCUUAGUUUCAUCGGAAUUUAAUUGUUUGAUUAUUACAAUUUCUUUCUUUUUUAUUUCGCAUACAAUUGUGGUUUAAAUAAAAUGUUAUACACUUUAGUAAUUUAUGUAAUUAGUAUAUAUUUAAUUGUAUUAAUAUUAAUAAUAAUGAUAACGAUGAUGAUGAUGAUGAUGAUUAUAAGAAAAUUAUGUAUAAAAUGAAAAGUAGAAAAUUCCAAUCAAUUAUAUUCACAUUAAAAUAUUUUACAUUAAAAACAUCACUGUAUAUUUAUUAUAAAUUUAAUUUGUCUAAAUGAUGACUUUGUUUAUUUUUUUAAAAACAUUUUAGUUUUUUUUGUUAUAUGAUUUUUGUACUAUUUUAAGGCCCUUUUUUAAAACGAACGAAAUAGUGGCCAAGAAAGUACCAACCACUUUUCGUAAGUAUUAUAGAAGUGGGUACUUAAUAUAAUAAAAAUACCUAUUAAUGCAACUCUUUGCAAACAUAUUUAUUUAUUAAUUACAUACAUCUCUUUGUAUAAAUCAUAACGAGGGAUAUAUAAACUAUUUCAAUGUAAAGGUAUGUUUUCUUGGUACGUAAAAUUUGGUACUUUUGUCAAUUCAUGUCAAUGAGUUACACUAUUUGGUAUUUAUUAUCUAUUAUGCCCUUAACUAACAAAAUAUUUAUUUUAAAACCAAACAUUGAAUGAUCACUUGAUUGAUUUAUUGAAUGAAAAUUGUGUGUGUAUUCCAUAGUAAAUUAUAUUUUCAUAUGUUACUUAUUAUUAUUUCUUUUUUUGUAUGUCUCAAUAACAAGAAUAAAAUAAAUAAAAAAAGUAUAUUAUGUAUUACGUAUACAAAA